AUGUUAAUUGAUUCUAAGUAUUUACCAUUUUGUGUUCGAUGCCGAACAGAAAAAAUUCUUUCAUCCCAAAUUCGAUAUUUUGAUGUAAUAAUUCUUAUUCCAAAUCUCAUUUUUCUUUUAUUUAUUAUUAUUAAAUGGAUUCUAACACGAACUAAAAUAAAUAUAAAUAAGCCAUUAUUAUUGAGUGUUACUUGUUUACUUCUUCUUAUUACAUUAAGUAAUAUAUUACGAUGUUUAUUUGUGAUGAUAUUUCCUGACAAUGUAUUCAACGCACAAGAAAUUAUUGUUAAAGUUUUUUGGUUAUGUAUUCGAUUUACACUUUUAUGGACAGAACUAAGUGUUCUCCUUUUUGGAAUUUGUUUUGGUCGUUCAAAUUCAAAUCGUCCAUCGAUUAAGACAUUAAAAGUAUUGGUUAUUUCAUUUAUUUUUACAUCAAUUUAUAUAACUAUACAAGCUAUAUUAGAAUUUCGACGUAAUACUCGUCCAAUAAAAUUUCAAACAAGUGAUUAUCAUCUUUAUUCAUAUGGUGGUAUGAGAUUUUUACUUAUAUCAAGUUCUAUUUUUCUUAGUAUGUAUAUAAUUAUCUUCUUUUUACCGUGUUUAUGUCUUCGACAUAAAAGAUAUUUACCGAUUCGUCGAUCAUUUUAUUUUUAUUGUUUUGUUUUGGCAUUGAUUAAUAUGAUACAAAUAAUUGGUACUAUAUUAAAUUUAACAGAAACUACAAUAUAUAGCAUGUGUAUUAUUGAUGGUAUAUCAAGUACGUUUUACAUAUGUUUUGCUCCAUUUGUCUAUUUUCAAUUUCUUCGACGAGCUUUAAGGUUAAAUGUACUUAUUCCACGAAUAAUGUAUGCCGAUACAACAAUAAAUGAUGGUGAAGAUGAUGAUCUUAUUGAUCCUGGUGUUAAUAUAUUAAUUGAUAAUUCAACAAAUGAUAGACUUGAUGGUCAAUUUGAAGAUAUAACAUCUUCCACAAGAAUAAUUCAGCCAAUUAUAUAA